UUCUGCCCACCCGUUCUACCUAAGACCGAACCAGUUCUACGGCUUCCCCGAUACCUGGCUGAAAAGAAAGGCACAGCCGCAAUUUCAUUCUGCUCUGAUCUGCCAAGCGAUUUUGUUUUCCUCCUGAGGUUCUUCGACGAAAGAAAAAGGUGAGAAUGAUUCGGAAAAAAAGCCAGGUACAUUGAAAGGAUGUGUGGAAUUAUUUGUGGAUACGAGUUGAUUUACCAAGAUUAGAAAUCAUCUACAAGAUUGCUGUUUUCUUUGUGGAUUUAUGACCAGCCGGAAGUAUCAGCUGUGUCUACAGAAGGAUUUGCCCUGACCCUCGCAGCAUUCCAUACUGCCCUCUUCUGGAACAGCAAACGGUUUUUUUUUCAAUAACAGUUCAGAACACCAGAAUCAGAAUUUCGCCGGAAUUAUAUUUGAAUGAGUCAGAAUUUGUUCCGGAUUGGUUUAUUUAUUUCCCGAAGUCAAUUAAUUAUUUUGAAUAGAAUUCUUAAAAUUUUUAGUUCAAAGCGUGUUAUCGUUUGGUGAUAAAUUAAAAUAUAUAUAAAAGAAAAAAAAAAUAUUCCGAAGUAUUAAUUUUUUAAUAAACAAUUUAAAUUAAAAUUUUAUUUAUUGUUCAAAGAUAUAAUUUCUUUUUCUUGGCAAUGGCUUCCUUUUUGUGAUAUGGCUGAUUUUAAAUCCACCAGAAGAUUAGGCCCAAUAGCUUUGAAAGAAUAUUUUGCAUUUUUGGAAAAGUUGAGAAAGUUGUCUUCCUUAUUGUCAACACUGAACAACUUCGAGGCUAUAUCAAGUUGAACUUGUUUGGAAGGAUUCAACAAGUUACUACUUGAUUGUCAAAUGACAAGUUACAGAGUGAAUUAGUGAAAUAAUCGAAAGUGCGCCUUUCAAAAUUCCAUUGAGUGGAUUUAUUAUCAAUAUGGAUUAAUUACUUUUCAAAGGAGUUUUUAUUGAAAGCUGCGUUAAUAACUUCUCAAUCAUGGAGUAGCUGACAUCAUCUUCAACAUCGAACACCUGAAAUAAAGAAAGCGUAAAAAAAUGGAUGGGUUCCGCCAUCAAGGGCGGCCCGUAUAUGUCCGUCCAACCCCUGAAACGUACGCUUACCAGAAUUUGUAUGGAACUGUACGCACCAAUCCCAAUGGUAAGGUUCGGCCUCGCCUUGAUAUGGAUUCCGAGCCACCUGGUGGGAAAAGCAAAAAGAGUUUUAAUUUUUUGCCUUGGAAAAAGAACAAAAGCAAAGCAGACGAUCUCGUGCCAUCUGGAACUCUCGCCAAACAUAACAAGUAUAAAUUUGGUUCCGUCUCAGCGCUAUCUUCGGCGAGCCUUUACAAGGAUUGGGACUACUCACCCUCUUACACACCUUCAUAUUCGUCAUCUGAUCUCAAGCAUGCAUCGGUCAAAAGCGUUGGUGGGAAAGCCCGUGGACUGGUCACUACACCUUGGGAAACUUAUAAAGGCAACAAUAAUAACGAUGUUGAAAUAAGAAAUUUCAAAAACAACCGUCUUAAUAGUGGUAGUGUUCAAGACCUUGUUCUUGCCUCUAGGACUAAAGAUAUUUCAAUAAAUCCUGCUCCAGCGCCAAUGUGCAAAUGCCAGAAAAAGAAAUCUGGGCCAUUUGGCACACUUAAUUUCAACUCUCUGAAACCUUCUAAAUGUAAUUGUGGAUUUUCCAGUGUGAGAUCCACACGUGGAUUCGCGCCGCCACCUCCACCGAGGCGGAGGUCUAUUUUGCCUGAAAAAGUAGAUUUGUAUGCAGUUCAUGAGGAUCAAGUGCAAGUGGAACCCAACAUUAUUGGUAAUCGCCCGAAGCAUGAAAACAUAUACGAUACUCUUAGUAGGCAUGGAAAAUAUAGGGCACCUGCACCUCCAAUAAAUUAUUCUUCUAAACGUACGUCACCACAAGAAAAAUUGAAUAAAUCUAUAGAGAAAAUAAGGAAAGAUCCUUACAGUUCUGUAGCUUCCAGAAAAUCAAUUCUCGAAUGCGAUGUGACGGCGUAUGAUUUGGUGAAGAGUUAUUUGAAAUCAGAAGAAGCAACUGCCGUUGUGGAUAGUGAUAUUGAUGAUGACUUGAGUGAUAAUGUAAUUGAAAAUAAAGAUAAAAACGUUGGAAACUCUAAAAAUUUGCAAUUGUCGGAGAAGUCUGACUUUUCAAGUGUGAUAGAUAAAUCGUAUAAGCCAACUGUAAAUAAAUCUCCGAGUCCUGUUAGUUCAGAGAGUGAAAGUGGUAUCUAUUCCCAAAAUUCGAGUAUUCGAAUUGGUGGUCACGGAAUGAAAGUCUUCGGUCCCUCAGAAGGUAACACCUCACCGCAAACUCCAUCUAUUUAUUCAGAAGGAUCUAAAACUAAUUCUGUUGAUUCCCGGACCAGUAGUUGGAGUACCAGUUCCUUGUCAGAUGAUGGAAUAUAUUCCUUACCAGAACCUGACUAUGAUGAUGAAGGUGGUCAUAACGACAGAGAUUCUGUGCUGAGGUUUGAAGACAGGACUUACUCUCGUGCAUCUUCCGCUUCUCCUAGUCUUCGGAAGUAUCCCAGUGGAGGGUAUCUAGAUAGGACCGAUGCUUCUUCUCGGAAUUCUUCAAGAAUAGAGGAAUACGACUCUCCUAAAUUCUCAACAAUCCGAAAAGCAACUUCCAUGUUAUCACUUGGAUCUGGUUCUGGUGGAACUCUCAGGGCGAGAGUCAGUCCUCCCAGCAUUCCAGAAGUCCCGUCUUCUGCCCCACCCCCGCCUCCACCACCUCCUCCUCCGCCACCAAACUUUUCAUCGAAGCAAUUGAUUCUUCCUUCAAAGGAAUCAAAUUCACAAGUUGCUGAUGAUACCAAGAAGCAAACAGCUACUAAGAAAAUUCCAGCCAAUAGUUUUAGUUCUUCUAUAGCAAGCGAACUGUCAGAAAAACUGAAAAGCAAUCAGCCCAUUUUGAAAAAGAAGGAAGUGAAGCCCAAACAACCUAUGGUAGUGAACUCCCACAACCCUUAUGCGGAGGUCAAAUCCAUCCUGAAGAAAACUGGUGAACGACUAAGCCCGUCUGGUAAUGGGGGUGGUGCUACAGAUUCUGAUGCAAGCACUUCUGCCAAACCCGUGCUGGCUGGUCUUCAGAAGAAAAGGGUUCAGUUCAAGUCCCUCAGCAACGAAUCCCUGGCCAUAGAACAUAUAAAGGAAAAGGCUCUCUCCUCUUCGGAUGAAGAGUGGGAAGAGGCCAGGGAGAAUUUCUCAAACGAAUCCUCCCCUAACCAUCAAAAAAUUUCAACCGAAUCAAGUAAGAACAAUGAUGGCUUUCAGACAGUAGAAGAAUUUCUGAAGAACAAGCAAGAGGUAAAUUCUGCUGAUGAUAAAAUGGAACAAAAAUCAGGAAAAGGAGAGAAAAUAGAUUCUAAAAAUUCUUCCAAAGUACCAACGAUACUCAGACCGUCUCAACCUCCACCUCCUCCGCCCAACAUUCGGAGGGGUAACUCGAAAGGGCCGCCUCCGCCGAGGCCGCUGAGUUCUGCUCCUAAAAGCUUCUCGCAUUGUGAUCUCCGGGUGGCAACAAGCACCAGAAAUACCCCCAAAGACCAAGGUCGCUUACCAGGACUUGUUAAAAUUACUUCAAGGCCAGGCCAACAAGCUCCUAUCCUCAGCAAUGGUAACAGCACCAGGCCAAAAAGAGUUCCCAUUCCUCCUAACCGAAAUAGUACAGAUACAUUUGGUUCAACAAAAUCUGAAAGUUCUUCAAUCCUUCCAAAAAACGGGGUGUCUUCCCCCGCCGCUAGUCUCGAGGCCACCACCUCUCCGCGGGGGAAGUCUGACCUUGGUGACCAAUCACCUCUACAAAACCAAUCUUUCGCUCAUCAUGAUGAUGGUGAUACUUCUUUAAGCAACUAUGAUGAAAAUAUCUCUUCGAUGUCAACAGAUGGCGCCACCAUUUCUGAUUUCAGUUCACUGGCAGUAAACGAUGCUGUUGGAAAUGAAAAUCUUAGAACUAUAGUUGAUGCAUCAAGUGAAAAUGGAUUUAUUUCCGAAAAACGCAGUAACAUCGCAACAGAUGACCCAGAUGAUGAUUCAUCAGAAUCGUCGUAUAUGUCUCUUCCCAGCGAUAAAGAUUCUGGUAGUACUACAACUUAUGAUCCAUUGAAUUCGCCUUGCAAAGGGAAUAAAAAAUCCUUUGAUGCUCAAACUACAGAAAUGUCUCGUCAACUGGCAAGAAAUUUUCAUCAGCCAGAGGGGGAUUCAAAAAUUUUAACUUGUACAGUAAUAAAUCAAGAAAGUAGAUUUGAUGGCAGUUCCGAAGUUAAAGAAUCUGGUCAUCUUACUGAAUCUGUCAUUGAAGGAAUCGAAACGAAUCUAGAUACUUCUAGUUCUCACAAUGGCGAAGAUAGAAAGACUCCUGAUUCGUUAUCCUCGGAUGAAGAGCCACCACCUCCGACCGAAAUCGAGGGACCCUUGUAUAGCAACCUUCUUUACGUUCCUCGCAAAUCUCCAUCACCUCCCCCGCUUCCUACCACUCUCCCUCCUCUUCCCCCAAAGAGGCGAACCCUUGGAAAUAUUGUCCAAAUCGGGACUCCAGCACCUUUACCGUACAUAUCGAACGAGUCUGAUGAUGAUAGUUUGUACGACGUUCUUCCUGCCCAUACUGCGCCAAAAGCAGUCUAUGGGGAUGCUCAGAGUAUCUACGAAAGCAGACGAUAUAGUGACACUGGAGCCACGGUGGUUACUAUCCCGUGUGGUGCAAGCGACGUAGCCUCGGAACACAUCUAUUGUUCUGUAGGAUCCGACGGAAUCUAUGAGGAAUUGACAAAUAAUAAGGAUUCCAGAGAAAUUAUUGUUUCCACUAAUCCAUUCGGCACCCAUAGGAGGUCUUUCUUUGAGGGAGCCUCUAAGGCAGAAAUCCUCAAGUUCUUGGAAGGUGCAAAGCAGAGAGUCGUCGAUCACUUAGUCGAAGAUGACAUCUUGGACGACGACGAUGAAGAUAUUCCGCACACUAAAAAUGCAAGGAAUAAUCCUAUCCGUAUCAGCAAUAUCAGCAGCUCCAGUGAUUCUAGUACAAUCAGCAGCAAUAGCAGCGUCAGUAGAGACGGCAGUUCUGGAGAUGAAAUAUCUCGUCUCAAGAAUGACAGACAUAUGGGUAAUUCCGAAGUAGAACGGGCCGAUAGUGGCGUCGGGAGUGAAACGAGCAAGCCUGCCGUUUCCAGACGAGCCAAGCCUGACGUCGAAGAGCUGUGCGCUGAUUGUGAUCAGCAGCUGGAGUCUGACAUUGUCGAUCAGAUAAACUGCUGCCCUCUAGUGUGUAAAAAGUGCGAUAAAAAGAGAUCCGAAAGAAAAGAAAUCGUCACGGAAAUAGUGGAGACGGAAUUUAAGUAUGGGAAGGAUCUUAUGAUAAUCAAAGAGGAAUUCAAAGCUCCUAUGGAAGUAGCUGGUCUCCUGACCAAAGAGCAAUUGAAUGGAGUUUUCUUGAAUCUGGAAGAGCUCAUUGUGGUGAAUGCUCAAUUCUCUGAAAAGUUGAAGGAUGCCACUGAUAUUGCUGUCGAACAAGGAGAUGAGGAUUACACCAAUGUAAAUAUCGGGAAGCUGUUCUUGGAAACAACAAGCAUGCUGAAAGCAUUUGAAGUAUACUGCAUACGUCAGGGUUCUGCGUCAGUUUUGCUGACGAAUUUGGAAAAGGAGAAGGAGCUUCUGCGGAUUUUCCUGCGUGUCUCACAAAUGGAGAAUACCCUCCUUCGGAGGAUGAAUCUCUCCGCAUUCCUCAUGGUCCCGGUGCAAAGGGUUACCAAGUAUCCUCUGUUGCUGAACAGAUUGUACAAGGUGACACCAUACCACCACAAAGACCGAGAGGCGCUGAGGGAAGCUCAACUCAAGAUUGAGUUACAUCUCGAGCAUAUCAAUCAGCAAACAAAAGGAAUAUCUGGUACCAAAAUUUGGAGAAGGAUAUCCAACAUAUCUGCUACUCACAGAAGGUCAACAAACAUAUCCGACAUCGGAAGCAUACAACUGAGAAAGAUGGCAAUGGAAGUACUUGAAUGGAGUAAAGAGGAUAUUCGAUUUGUGAUGGCAGGAAAGCUGUCGUUCAGUGGAGCCGUAGAUUUCACCAAAUCGAGAAGAGGGCGCGCCAUCAAGUUCACCCCCAGCCAUGCUAUUCUCGCCACGAGGGGACGCCCCAACGCCCUUUACAGGCCAGAUCUCAUCAACGACACCCCUCUGUUUCCCAGAGAUUCGGGCAUAGAGGACGCCACCUUGCUGCUCGUCAAAGAGAAAAAUGGACGCUAUAGCCUCGCAAGGGAUCCUCUUCACCUGGGGUCAUGCAUCAUCAGCGCUGAACUCGAAGACGAAGACAUCAUCGAAAUUCAGGAGUACACGACGAAAGAAUCCAUUUUCCUCAAAGCGGAAUGCCAUUCGGACACUAUGGAAUGGCUGAAGCAGCUGAGGUAUCAUGCCAAGGACCUGGGGGCGUGGAAAAGGAGAAGAAACGCCCUCGCCAAUAUCAUGAUCAAUGGCAUGAUCAGGCAGCAAUAAGAAGGGACAAUAAUUGGUUAAUACGAUUAGAUGGUAGAACCAAAACAAUGAGAAAGAAAAGUGUCUGAGAAAUAGCUAUUGAAAGAGCAUAACUUACAAAAUUUGUUAUAAAUAUCCUUUAAAAUUAUUUAUGAAAUUUAAUAUAUUCAUUUUGCAAACUGUUCGAGUAGCCUAGCCUUAUCAUCAAUAUAAUAACCAAAAUGUGAAAUUAUCUAUAUAAUGGAAAUUUUCUAAAUUUAUAAUUUGAAAGCCAGAUAUUUAUUUUUAGUACAGUGUCCAAUUCGGUUGAGCUGAUCCAAAGAUAAAAUGUUUCAUGAUUAGCAACAAUUAUGAACUAUGCGUCAGCAACAUUUAUGCAUAAUUCUGAAGGAAGAAGAUUUUUCCACAUACCAUCAGUCUAAUUACUUAUUUAUAUUAUGCAAUAUGCGUUUUUGCGAUGACUUCAAAUAAGUUAAGAAUAUAUUUUCAUGAGAGGAUAUUGGUUUCUUAGGAAUCUAUGCAUAAAAUAUGUCUUUUUUGCAACGUAUAAAAUAUAAUUGCUGUUGAAAAUUUUCAACUUUAAUUUAAGAGAAGUAAUUUACAUGUCAAGUUUAUAAUGUCUUUAAAUGAUAAAGGUUUCUCAAAGAGAAAAUGAGGUUUUCAUUUAAAAGAUACUAAACAACAUGGGGUUGAAGAAAAACAAAUUAUUUUAAUAAUGUGCCUGGAAAUAGGAUUUUUGGUUCUGUCACUUUCGAAUACGAUUUCCGACUGCCUUUAACUCCCAUUCAUCGCUUCAUCUGUAAAUAGUUCAUCAAAAAUCUUAUUUUUAAAUCCACGAACCUCUGUGAGGCAUGAUCCUAAUGUUUUUAGAUAGUGCAAUCUAACUUCAUCUCUGGCGAAAACAACUUAAGCUAGUAAGGUAAUUUAGUUUAAUCUUGUUUGGCAAUUUUGCGCGACUUUUUACUCCAAUAAAUAAUGUACUAUUGAAUAAUGGUUGUGGGAAUUCUGCCCUUUUUUUUAAUGUCUUGAUUCGUCAAAAACACUGUCCCAUCUCUAAGAUUUAUAUAUGACGCUGUAACUGUAACUGAAAAGGCAUCUCUAGGUGUCCAUUAAUGCGUUUGUGUUUAUAAAAGUGGAUUAUUUUUUAAUGAAUAUAUGAAAUGUCGAAAGGGAAGAUUAUCGUUUCAUAAUCAUUGCUACUUUGAUGCUGAAUUUUGAAAAUUUUGUAAUAUUAAACAAAACAUCUGCUAGAGAUUGUUUUCAACUUGUUCAACAAUUCAAAAAAUAAUAUCAAAUUAGCAGUGAUUUGUUAUAAUAAUCUUCCUUUUUUUUCUUAGAAAUGUCGAUUCAUAAGCAAUAAAUUUCACUUUUGUUUUCAUGGAUAUUUAGAUAUUUAAGAAUGUAUAGUCGUUGUAUUUCCAUGAACCAUGUUACGUUACAGCUGUCAGGGGAAUACUAUUUCAAAAAUGUUGUAUGUAUCCGACUGAAAUUUCGUCACAUCUAGUCUGUAAUUUUUUACCGACGAAAUUGCAGAAGACGGAAACUGUCAUUUCAAAACUCCCAGUGUAUAAUUUUUAGCUUAAAAUAAAAACUGCUAACAGUU